UAUUUUCUUUUUCCAAUUAAUUUAUUCAAAAUAUUUUGUAUAUCUAUUCAUCCCCAGAUUGAAAUUCCCAAAUCGAUCAAAAUUACAAAUUCCACUCCUACUUCAAUUUUGAAAUCAAAUCUCCCCGCAAUUCGACGACUUCAAAGUUCAAUUCAAUUUCUCCCAUUCCGCGUAAUUUAUUGGGUCGGAUUACUCGAUUUUGGUUCCAGGGUUUUAGGAAGAAUGUUCAACGGAAUGAUGGAUCCCGAAUUGAUCAGGAUGGCUCAGGAGCAGAUGAGCCGGAUGUCACCAGCUGAUUUGGCUCGGAUUCAGCAGCAGAUGAUGUCCAAUCCGGAUUUAAUGAGGAUGGCAACCGAAGGAAUGCAAAAUUUGAAUACACAAGAUUUCAAGCAUGCUGCUGAGAAGUUGAAAAACGCUCGUCCGGAGGACAUGGCCGAGAUUAGUGAGAAGAUGGCAAAUGCUUCACCUGAAGAGUUAGCUGCUAUGCGUGCUCGUAUGGAUGCACAGGUGUCUUAUGAAAUUAAUGGAGCCGAGAUGCUGAAAAAACAGGGAAAUGAACUUCACAGUCAGGGAAAGUACGCAUUGGCACUGGAGAAAUAUAUGCGUGCGAAGAAAAAUCUUAAAGAUAUUCCUACUUCAAAGGGGAGGAAUAUCCUUUUAGCAUGCUCUCUUAAUAUGAUGUCAUGUUACUUGAAAACCAAGCAGUAUGAAGAGUGUAUUGGGGAAGGUACAGAGGUUUUAGCUUAUGAUGCAAUGAACCCUAAAGCUCUCUACCGAAGGGGUCAAGCAUACAAGGAAUUGGGAAAACUAGGAGUGAGUAAUUGUUUUAAAUUUCUUUGA